AUGGUCAUUGUGAGGAUUAAAUCCUUCAUUUUAAAAGUGCUUCCUAAAUUUAGAAUUUCCCUGUUAGAAAUAACUACUUACAUAUAGCAUGACAAAAUGCAAGAUUAUGGAUAUUUUAAAAGCUUGUUUAUGAAAAUGAUUAAAAAUGAGUAGUGUUCUAUUUUCUAAAUAUAUUAAGGAUUGUAAUCUUAGAAUAAAAUAGAAAUUUCAAAUUUAAUAGAAAAUUUCUGUUGA